UGUCGAUAAGUUAGUUAACUUUAUUUCCAAUAAACGAAAAAAUACAAAGAAUACAAAUUUACCGAUCAUUUAAAUGACAAAUUGUGUUUUGACAUUUUAAAUUUGAAGAAUGACAGAUGAACGAAAUUUUCGCUCCUCAUAUUAUGAAAAGGUUGGAUUUAGAAGUGUCGAGGAGAAAAAAUCAUUAGAAAUAUUAUUGAAAGAACGUCCAUUAGAUAAAGGGAAAUUAAAGCAGUUUUGUUUACGAUUUACAGUUCCUGCAAUACAUAGAAAUUUUUUAUGGAAAAUUUUAUUAGGAGUUAUUCCAGUUUAUGAAGAUAGUCAUGAUUUUGUUAUGAAACAACGUAAAGAUGAAUUUGAAGAUUUAAAGAAUACAUUGAUUAGUGCAAAAGUUAUAGACGUUACAACAAAACCAUCACAAGUAUUUUUUACAAUGUGGCUUUUGAGGAAUAAACGAACGAAACUUGAUAUGAACACACAAAUAGAUUUGCAACCAUUUAGAUCAAUGAACAAGAUGGCAAAAAGUUUAUGGAAUGUUAUGAGUAUAGAUUAUAAUAAUGAGAAAUCGGUGGAUAUUUAUUGGGUAUUGAGCGGUUUUCUCGAUCACAUUCAAAAAUUUCAAAAAGAUGUUGAUCGAUUGAAAGAAUGUACAUGCACUGUUUUGGAACGAGAAGAUUUAGAAUUAUAUAAUCAUCUAAUUGAAAUUGAUGCUCUCAAAUUUCUUCCCUAUGAAGCUUGGUUUCACUCAUGUUUCGCAGACACAAUUAGUGAUGGUUCCAUAACGAAAAUUUGGGAUAAAAUUGCUGUAGGAGCCUAUAAAAUUUUAGUAUUUGUUGCAAUUGUAAUUUUAACUACUUUGCGUCGAUUUUUACUAAAAUGCAAAACACUCGACAAUGUUCUCGAUACAAUUCUCAAUAUUACUGAAGAAACGUCUGAGGUAAUAGUCAAUAAAGCAAUUGAAUUAUGGCAACAAAGUGGAUCAAAUGUUGUACAAAAUACUUAAAAUAAUUUUAAUAUUCAACACUCAAAAUCAUGGCUGUAUAAAUAUUAUCUCAUUAAAUUCCUAAACUAAAUUAAUAUAUUGCAAAUAAAUUGUUUUUUUUUA